AUGACUAAUGGACAACCAAACCCUCGUAAUCAUGCUUCUAGCUCGAGUGCAUCUACUAAAGCUGAAAAACGAAAAGAGUAUCAAAAAAGAUACUAUGCUGCACGCAAAGAAAAUAACAAAGUAUCUAAAUUUGGGAGUGGUGAUGCCUCCCAAAGUGCUUCAUCAAUAUCUUUAAUGAUGUUAGCAAACUUAGAAAUUCCAGAGGAAUUGUACCGACUUUUCACAUCUCAAGAUGAAAUUGGAGAUAUGUUUAGGCAAAACAUCCGUGCUUAUAACACCAAUUUUUCUUUUGCCUCAAUGGGUGUGACAUUGGAUGAUACAUUGAACAAUAUGAGAGACGGCGUAUAUACUUUUCAUGCACAUAAAGAAAUAUAUCACAGAAUCGACCAAUUAGUUCCGAGGGACGGGACCCCUAGGUACUUGCAGUUGUAUUUUUACGAUCCUGAUACUGAGUUAGAUCACAGACUCCGAUGGCCAAAUCUUGAUCGGCGUAUUACUCAGAUUUUAACACGUGUUCUUUCUACAAACCCAUAUGUCGAUACGUUUAGAAGACUUGCGGAACUAGGACCUCUGGACAACUAUAGAGUCACUUUGAAUACUUCGGUUGAACUUGACCAAAGGGUGUACAACCGACCAACGACAUCGGAGGUUGCUGGCAUUUGGGUUGAAGGUAAUGACAAUAUCACUUCGUAUAAACGAAGUAUUGUUGUGUACGAGGCAAACACACGAAGUGGUAGAACAACCGUGGCUAUGCGAGAGUACUACUGUUACAAGUUCCAGAUUCGAUCUACCGAUAAUAUGCUUUUGUUCGGUGGUAGGCUGCUACAGCAGUUUGUGGUUGAUGUUUACAUCAAAAUUGAAACGUCACGCUUAGAAUUUUGUGAGAGAAACCAGGCUAAGUUUCGGGCCGAAUUGUACCAAGGUAUUGUGGAUUGCGUCAAUACUGGUGAGGUUCAUGCAAACAGAGUCGGGAAAAGAAUUGUGUUGCCUGCAUCUUUCAUCGGGGGGCCUCGCGACAUGCGACGUCGGUUUCUAGAUGUGAUGACGUUAGUUCAAGAUGACGGCAAGCCUGAUGUAUUCCUUACAAUGACAUGUAAUCCUAAGUGGCCUGAGAUAUGUGAUAAUUUACAUGUUGUUCGAACUGCUACAGAUCGUCCAGACCUUGUUUCAAGAGUGUUCCGGGCUAAAUUAGAAGAUCUUAAGGAUCAACUCUUCAAGAAACAUGUCCUCGGGGAAGUUAAGGCAUACGUCUAUGUCAUUGAAUUUCAAAAGCGGGGUUUGCCGCAUGCACAUUUUCUCCUAAUCAUGUACCCGCAACACAAGAUCAAUAACGCGGACCAUUAUGAUAAGGUUGUGUGUGCUGAAAUUCCUAACAAACUAACACAUCCCAUAUUGCAUGAGAUGGUUGUCAAGCACAUGAUUCAUGGUCCUUGCGGCAAUUUACGAUCAAGCAAUCCUUGUAUGCAGGGUGAUCCUAAAAUUUGUCGUUUUCGCUAUCCUAGACAAUUUAACGAACAGACGACACAAGAAGAAGAUUCGUAUCCGUUGUAUCGAAGGAGAGACACCGGGAUAAAAGUGGACCUACGAGGACAAACACUUGAUAAUAGAUGGGUGGUCCCAUAUAACCCAAGGCUUUUGAUGAUGUUUAACUGUCACAUGAAUGUUGAAGUUUGCUCAAGUAUAAAAUCUGUGAAAUAUCUUUUCAAAUAUGUUUAUAAAGGACAUGACAAACAGGUUAUUCAAGUCGAUCAAAGUGAGCCAGGGAUUGUUAUUAAUGAGAUAAAAAGAUUUCAAGAUGCACGCUACAUAUCGCCCCCAGAGGCUAUGUGGCGCAUUUUUUCCUUCUCUCUUUCUCAAAUCUUUCCUGCUGUUCUAGCCUUACAACUUCAUCUCCCAAAUAAUCAGAUGGUUAGAUUUAGAGAUGAUGACUUGAUGCCUAAUAUUGUUGAUAGGGAAAGGGAUAAGAGAACCAUGCUAACAACAUUUUUUGAGAUAAAUAGAAACGAUGAAACAGCAAGGGUACAUUUGUAUAAAGAUUUUCCAAAACACUUUACGUGGAAUGGAGGCACACGCCGUUGGAGUCGUCGUCUCGGUAAAAAACAAAGAGGUCGUAUCGUUUCCGCUAAUCCAGCCGAAGGAGAAAGGUACUACUUACGCCUACUUUUGUCAAAUGUCAGAGGGCCUACUUCUUUUGAACAUCUUUGCACAGUUAAUGGUCAACGGUGUGCGACAUUUCGGAAAGCAGCUCUUGAGUUAGGCUUAAUAGAAGACGAUGAAUAUCUAUCACAAUGUCUCGAAGAAGCCUCUACGUUUCAGUUUCCCAAUGCUCUUAGAAGGUUAUUUGCGACCAUAAUGAUUUUUUGCCAACUUGGAGAUAUUCGAAAGUUAUGGAAUGACCACUUUGAUUCACUGUCUGAAGAUCAUCGGUUACACUGUCAAAGUAUAGAACGAGUUCAAAAUAUGGUUCUUACCAAAAUUAGUGUCUUGGUACAAUCCAUGGGUAGAAAUUUCAAUGAGUUCGACCUUCCUAAGAUAACAGACGAUGUUAACUUACAAGAUGCAGGUUGUCGUGAGUUACAAGAAGAGUAUGGGAUUGUUUUGGAACCUGAACACUUGAGUGCCAAAGAUUCACUUAAUCCGGACCAAAAAAACGUGUUUGAUGAGAUCAUGAUGCUUGUUGAUAAUGAUCUUCCAGGCGUGUUCUUUAUUGAUGGUCCAGGUGGAACUAGAAAAACAUUUUUGUACAUUGCCUUGCUUGCUGAAAUUCGGUCACGUGGUCUUAUUGCUCUCGCAACAGCUUCGUUAGGUGCAGCGGAUAAUAAUAUGCCAGGAGGUAGAACGGCUCACUCGAGAUUCAAGAUUCCUCUUAAUCUUGAAAAUAAUUCAAUGUGCAAUAUCAAAAAACAGAGUGGGGCCGCUUAA